AUGCCCGACCUCUCCCUCCGGCUCUGGGCGCAGCCGCACGCGGAGGAGGUGCUUGGCACGUGCCUGCUCCUCGAGCACUCUCCGACUACCGUGCUCGCCGUCGACCGCCGCGGCUUCGCCGCCGUCAUCGUGGACGAGGCGGCGCGGGUCGGAGGGUCGGAGGAGCCCGAGCUACCAGAGCCGUGGCCGUCGCUUCAGCUCUGCCGCUCCACCGCCGGAGGAAAGCCGCAGUGGCGACGGCUGGACCGCAGCUCCGCUGCCGGCAGCUCUGCUGCGGAGCCGCUCGACCUGGCCUCCGCCGCGCGCCUCGCCGCCUCGGAGGCCCGCUCCCCGCUCACGCCCGCGGGUCGGCGGUGGGUGGUCGACGCGAUCCGCGGCUACUACACGCAGCACGUGCUCGAGCCCUCGGUACGAGGCUUCCUCUCGAUCCUCGAGAAGCAGUUCCCGCGCUCGGACCUGUACCUCUUCGAGCUGCUGCAGAACGCGGUGGACGACGGCGCGCGGGUGGUGCGGCUCGAGCUGCUGCCCGGCCCCGCGCUGCGCCUCUCCCACGACGGCCGCGGCUUCAGCCCGCUCGACGUCAACGGUCUCGCGAGCGUCGGCAUGAGCACAAAGCAGAGCCGGCGCGCGGCUGGCUUCAUGGGCAUCGGCUUCAAGGCGUGCCACAAGCGCUUCGCGCACGUCCGCUGCGCCGACCCGGACUGGCGCUUCGACGCGUGGGUGCUGCUGCCACGCUGGGCCGAGGACAGCAGCGGCAGCCCCGUCGCCUCGGGCUGCGUCUUCGAGCUGCUCCGCCCGCGCGGCGGUCUCGACGCGCUGCGGCGAGACUUGCGCUGGCUGCCGCCGUCGGUGCCGCCGCUGCUGGCGCGGUGCGCGCUGGCCGCCGACCAGCGCGACGGCGACGCGCCUCGGGCGGCCUGGGAGCUGGUGUGGGUGGGCGAGCGGCUCGUCUGCGAGCGGGUCGACGGAGCCGACGCCGAGGAGGAGGCGAGCUUCUUCUUCCAGGUCGACUCGAACGGCGUGCCUUGCUGCGGCUGCGGAGGUGACGCCUGA